AGUGGAGUCUGUAAAAUAUAUUCCAUCCGACACUCAUUUGGAACUCUGAAAAUACUGCGUUUUCUUCUCGGACAACACACUGUCUACCGAGUCUGAAGGGGGGCUUUGUAUUUGACGAAAUCUCACUCAAUGGAAGUCGAAACAAACGGCGUAUCAAAUUUCAAUGUCAAUAGAAAAGUGCUUGACAUGUCCACAUGUGAACUCUCGGAGCUCCGUAUUCCCCAUUUUCGGAGCUCCGACAACAUGUCAACUACUCCAGAACCUGAAGGUUUUGAAUGUGAUAAUGGAAUGGUUUCAUUUCCGGCUUCGAAUGCUGCUAAGAGAUUGCAGAAAGUUUAUCGGAGUUAUCGUACUCGCCGUAUGUUAGCUGACUCUGCUGUCGUAGCUGAAGAGCUUUGGUGGCAAGCUAUAGAUUAUGCUCGGUUGAAUCACAGUACAAUUUCUUUCUUCAAUUACUUGAAGCCGGAAACAGCAGUUUCACGGUGGAAUCGCGUAGGCUUGAAUGCUUCCAAGGUUGGUAAAGGCCUGUCAAAAGAUGCGGAAGCCCAGAUAUUAGCUUUUCAACACUGGAUUGAGGCGUGUGGUAAUUGUAGAUUGAUCCACGCCAUCGGUAUGGGCAUAACCUGCAUAUCUAUUAUGAAGAAUGGUGUAAAACUGAUGCUGGUCAGCCCUUCUUCUUUUGAUGGCAGAAAGGUUGAUCUCAAAGAAUGUACAAGAUCUGAACUUCAGAAACAAUGCAUCAAGUAUCUUGGACCUCAAGAGAGACAAUUUUAUGAGUACAUAAUUUCUGGAGGGAAAAUAGUGCAUAAGCUAACCGGAAAUCUUCUCGACACAACUAAAGGGCCGCGAGGGACAAAAUGGAUCUUUGUGAUGAGCACCUCAAAACGACUCUAUGCUGGUGAGAAAAAAAAAGGAAUGUUCCACCAUUCCAGCUUUCUGGCUGGUGGGGCUGCUUUAGCUGCUGGACGACUGGUGGUAGAGGAUGGGACUGUGAAGUCUAUUUCACCUUACAGUGGACAUUAUCGCCCAUCGGAUGAUAGCCUUGACACUUUUUUAUCAAUUCUCAAGGAAAAUGGAGUCAACGUGGAUGAAGUUAAGAUAAAAAAGGGAAAUGAAGACCCCGAAGAUGUAAACUCUGUCGAAAACCGUAAAUUUAAACUUUCAAAUCUAUCAAUCUCUCCUCCUCAAGCAGUAAACGAAGAGGAGAAAGACCAUUUCACAGAAUCAAACGGAGCACUACAAGCUGAAAGUAGUACAACUAGCUACAAGAGAACCCUCUCAGGCGGCCUUCAGAGUCCAAGAAGAGAAGUACCAAAGACCGCUAUACUGGAAAGGAUCAAUUCCAAGAAGUCUACAAGAUCAUAUCAACUCGGUCAUCAACUCUCUCGGGUGUGGUCAACAGGUGCCGGUCCAAGAAUUGGCUGCAUUGCCGAUUACCCUGCUGAACUAAGAUGGCAAGCCUUGGAAUUGACUAACAUUUCACCUAGACCUUCUGCAUCAUCAACUUCUAGGCCUUUCGACACUCUUUGUUCACCUACUUGUUCUUCACCGGUUUUUGGCAAUGUACUCGUGAAGUCUUCUUGAACCCGAGUCCUUUUUACCAUUGUUGCUGCUACAAUAUGCUCUAGCAAGUGUAAAUGGCUUGUUCUUCAGCUUAUUCUCUGGGUCAGUUAAUGUAUUUAAUCUUUCGAGUAUGUGCUGUGUCCUCAGGAGUCAACUUACUGCAAGGACACAAAGGACUGUUUUUAUUGAAUCUGCAUCUCAUUCCAAUCGGAUUUCCUUUUUCUUCCAA